AUGGGUGGUCGAUCCGAGUCUGCGGCGAAUGGACCCGGGUUCGUGCAGCCGGGGCAGAAGCGGCCAGCCAAGCUAUUCCACAAGAAGUCAAGGACGGGCUGCCAACGAUGUAGAGCGCGCCGAUGCGACGAAGCAAAGCCGAUAUGCUCAAACUGCACCCGCCUCCAACUCGCCUGUCUCUACGACCGCGUCGGGCCGGCGGGCCCUCCUCCUCCUUCUCCGCCGUCGGGCUCCUCCUCCUCGGCCGCCACCAAGGAGACCCCUGACGCCGAGGGCGUCGUGGACCCUCCCGAGUCCGAGGCCCGGCGCAAGCUCGAACUCUCCCUCCUCCACCAGUACUUCUCGGAGACGGGCCCGUCCAUCGCCGUCGACGCGGCCUCGCGCCCGUUCUGGGUAGACAUGGCCUCGGAGCUGGCCUUCAAGUGCGACGCGCUGCUGUACGCGCUGCUGCUCCUGGCGGCCCUCCACCGCGCCAGGAAGCCAGGCUGCCCGGACGAGAGGCAGUCCCUCCACCAGAGCAGCACCUACCUCGGCAUGACGCUGCGCGAGCUGGGCCGCGAGAUCGCGCACCUGUCGGCCUCCAACGUCGACGGCGUGUGCCUCGCGGCCAGCAUGCUCCGCGUCUACGCCUUUGUCCGCUUCCAGGACCGCGAGCUGGAGCCCUACACGCCGCCCACGUCGUGGCUGCGCAUGACGGGCACCAGCGGCGCCGUCUUCCGCCAGUCGGCCGCCAUCACCUCCAUGGACCCCGGCUCGCUCGGCAUGCGCAUGGCCGACCUGGUGGCGGACCUGCUCGACGGCGACGAGUCGCACGCCAGCGGCCUCGCCCACCUCAUGCGCCGCCAGCACCCCCACGAGCUGGCCGAGGCCCCCUGGGACGCCGACGUCCAGGCCGCCUACCUCUCCGCGCUCAACUACAUCGGCGCCGUCUGGAGGGCCAUGCGGGACCGCCGCCCCCCCGGCAGCGUGGCCCGGCGCCUCAUCGUCUUCCCGCUCUUCGUCCACGCCCGCUUCGUCGACAUGGUCGACGAGGAGCGGCCGCGCGCCCUCGUCAUCGUCGCCCACUACUUUGCCCUGCUAGCCAUGCUCCGGGGCCUCUGGUGGGUGGGCGACGCCGGGCCGCGCGAGGUCCGCGCCAUCGCGAAGCAGCUGCCGCCCGAGUGGCGCGGCGCCCUCGACGGGCCCCUGGAGAUUCUGGAGGACCACGUCGUCUUCACCCCCGACAUGGAGGUGGACAGGCUGGCAGAGUAUGCGGCCCGGCUGAGGCUGCGGGGUUGA